AUGACCACGACAAUCACCGAAAAGUUGCAGGACGAACCUCGUGGCAGUAUUGCCGGUCAUGAGAAGAAUGACUGUCAAUCCGAUGCCCCUACGCUACAUGAGCCGGAGCAAGAUGGUGUUGACAAGACACCUGGAGAUGAUACGCCAAAAGAUGAAGAACAGGAGUGGGUUGGUGGAUGGAAGCUCGCGAGUCUGAUGAUUUCCAUUACUCUUGCUGCUUUCCUGAUGCUCUUGGAUAUGUCUAUCAUUGUCACUGCAAUCCCUCAAAUCACGUCUGAUUUCCACUCGCUACAAGACAUUGGAUGGUAUGGUAGUUCAUACAAUCUUGCAAGUGCUGCUCUACAACCCCUUUCUGGUAAACUAUACACAUACUUCAAGACAAGAUGGCUCUUCCUGGGUUUCCUGUUUCUCUUCGAGCUAGGCUGUCUUAUUUGCGGCGUCGCUCAAAACUCCAUCACGUUGAUCAUGGGUCGAACCAUUGCCGGCAUUGGCAGCUCGGGAAUCCAAAACGGAGCGCUCACCAUGAUUGCGUUCUCGGUCCCUCUGCACAAACGCCCUGCUUUGGUUGGUAUACUCAUGGCUGGUGCUCAACUUGGCUUGGUUAUUGGACCUUUGCUCGGUGGAGCGUUUACUGAGUACGCAACUUGGCGAUGGUGCUUCUACAUCAACCUUCCUAUCGGCGCCGUCUGCACUGCCCUCAUCUUGGUCGUCCAUGUCCCCGAUCGUCGAGUCCGAACCACCGAUACCGCCCGCCAGAUCAUCACCUCCAAGCUCGAUCUCACCGGCUUCGUCCUCUUCGCCCCUUUUACCGUCAUGUUCCUGCUCGCCCUCCAGUGGGGAGGUAUCGACUACGCCUGGGACUCUGCCACCAUAAUUGGACUGUUUUGCGGUGGUGGUGCUCUCUUCGCCAUCUUCAUGUAUUGGGAGUACCGUGUUGGCAAUGGCGCCAUGAUCCCUAUCCCCGUCAUUCGAACAAGGCAGGUCUGGACUGCGUGUCUGACACAGCUGUUUCUCUUCUCUACCAUUCUUGUGGCUUCUUACUACAUUCCCAUAUACUUCCAAUCCAUCAAGGAGGCUACACCAUUCGAGAGUGGUGUCGAUAUGCUUCCCAGUAUCCUUAGCCAGCUGGCGGCUGCUAUCUCGAGUGGUUUUCUUGGUGAUGCAGUACUCUCCGCUGUCGCCAAUGGACUGUUCAGCACCAUGGGCCCCCAUACUCGAACCGUCACUUGGGCCGGUUACCAGAUCCUGGCUGGUUUCGGUCGCGGGCUGGGCAUGCAGAUGUCCAUCAUCGCAGUGCAAGCCCACACGAGCCCCGAGAUGACCUCAGUCGCGACCGCCGUGCUCGUCUUUUCGCAAACUUUCGGUGGCGCCAUCUUUGUCUCUAUCGCCAACGUCAUCUUCAACAACAAGCUCCACGAUGAGCUCGUCUCACGACUUCCAAACCUCGACGUGGAUAAGAUCAUUGAUGCGGGUGCCUCUGGUGCUUUGAUGUCUUACUCCAAGGCUGUGAACGCAACCUUUUACCUCGCUGUGGCAGCGUCUUUCAACAUCACGCAAACAUCAUAUUCUUCCAUCUCAUCUACCCGGCUAUUUGGAUAUUUUUCUCGUUCACCGCUAGAAGUUGCUACCAUGAACCGACCAAACAGACCUCGCAACCGCCAACCUCGCCCACCCCGGCAAAACCAGAACCAGAACAGGCAGGGUCAGAACAAUCAGCGAGGGUCAUCAUCUCGGGCGCCAGCAACACCACAGCAAGCAGCCGGCACAGUCCCAACUGUCCAGCAAGUUGUCCCCGGCGCAUCCGUAUUCAUCAUUUUGAAAGAGGACCAACCGACAGGCGAAGAGACACAAGGCAUAGUACAGGACAUCCUCACGAGAGGCAAUCACCCACGGGGCAUAAAAGUACGUCUGCGCGACGGCCAAGUGGGCAGAGUGCAGCGGAUGGGCAAUAAUUCAGCCGCAGCAGAAGAUACUGGAGCAAAGGCAACGCCGUCUUCAAGGUUCACGAUGCGGUAUACCGAUGUGCGGAGGGAUGACGAGUUUGCGUCGGAGCCGCCGCCGAGAAGCUUGGCGGAUUUCAUGCCAGACUUGGAUGAGAGGCUAGGGACUGCGCCCAGUGGUGUCGAGGCUGUCAAGUGUCCGUUUUGUGAGGACUUUGAGGGGGAUGAGACAGCUGUUACGGUUCAUAUCGACCGUGAACAUUUGUCAUGA